AUGGCUGUGCUCUGGCUGCUGCUGCUAGCAGGGCUGCCCACAUUCUUACUGGGAGUCUUUGUAUGGGUUGCUAUUCAAAACUUCCUCACGGCAGAUAUUCCUUCUACCCUGAAGCAUCCAGCCAAGUUAUGGUUUAUGCACUGCACUGGACAGUACCUGAUAGCACUGGGGAACAUCCUAGAGAAAUUGAGAAUUUGUGCCAUGCCCAGGUUUUUACAGUUUCUCAUAAGCCUAAUGCCGAUAAAGAAGGAUCCUAACGUGCUGGCGACUGACAUGCAUUUUGGAACAGUUCCUGUGAGGCUGCUCAAGCCCAAGGCAGUGUCUUCCAAACCCCGGCGAGGCAUCGUCUUCUAUCAUGGAGGAGGUGCAAUCAUUGGAAGCUUGGACAGUUACCAUGGCCUUUGCAGCUUCCUGGCCAGUGAAACAGACUCUGUGGUGCUGAUGGUGGGGUACCGCAAGCUUCCUAGCUACCAUCAUCCUGUCCUUGCCAAUGAUUGCCUGAGUGCCACCAUCUACUUCCUGACGCACCUGGAAUCCUUUGCGGUGGACCCAUCCCGGGUGGUUCUCUGUGGAGAGAGUAUUGGAGGUUGGGCUGUGGCCACUGUCAUGCAGGUCUUAACCAGAAUUCCCAGUCUACCCCAGGUCCAGGCACAAGUCCUGAUUCAACCAAUUUUGAAUGUCGUCAAUUUUCAGUUGCCAUCAUAUCAGCAGAGCAAAAACGUGCCAUUCCUUACCAGAGACAUGCUGUUUAUGUGUCUGUGUAAAUACCUGGCCAUUGACCUCUCCUGGAAAGAUGCCAUGUUGGCAGGUGCUGUUAUACCUCUGGAUAAGUGGAAGAAAUACCAGAAAUGGAUCAGUCAUGAAAACAUCCCCAGUAGGUUUUGGAGACAAUUUUCACAACCAGAGUCUCUUGGGCCUUUUAAUGAGGCUGCCUAUCUAGAAACCAAACACAUUUGGAGUGCAGAAAUUUCACCUGUCCUAGCAGAUGACGAGGUCAUUUCUCAGCUUCCUAAGACAUUGCUGGUGAGCUGUGAGAACGACAUCCUCCGAGAUGAUGUGUUGCUGUACAAGAAGCGCUUAGAAGACCAGGGGGUCCCUGUGAACUGGUACCAUGUGGAAGAUGGCUUUCACGGAUGCAUUAUGUUGCUUGAUAAGAAGUAUCUUUCUUUCCCCUGCUCUAUGAAAGCUGCAAAGGCUGUCAUUGAUUACAUAAAGGGUAUUUGA